GUUGCGUGACAGUACCGCGGGGUGGCGCUGUCUCACCUGCAGCUGUUUUUCCGCAUUGCUGCUGUCGACAUGGCGUCGGCCCUCGGUCGUCUUGCCCGGGCACUGUCAGUCCGCAGAAACGGCCGCACCGCCCGGCUGACACCCUCCACCGAGCCCCGGAGGACGGUGACACCCGCCCGGACAGCUGUGUGCACUUCAUCCGGAGCCAUUCUGCCCAAACCCAAGAAGACCCCCUUCGGCCUGAUCCGGAUCGCUCUGGUCGUGGUGCCCUUCUUGUAUGUGGGGACUCUGAUCAGCAAGAACUUCGCUGCGCUGCUGGAGGAGCACGACAUCUUCGUCCCUGAGGACGAUGACGACGACGACUGAGAGGUGUUGCAGGCCUGUAAACAGGUAUCAGCUGCUUGCAUUGUGGUCUUGUUGUUUCGUGAUCGCCUGAGCACAUAAACGCCUUCCUGCUGCUCCCUCUGCUGUGUUUUCCAAGACUUAGUCAUUAGACACUGAGCGAGGCUGAUUGUACCGUCACUGCAUGCACCAAUAAAGUCUUAAUAAACGGGGGAAUAAGGAUUGUGAAGCGGAGCACGUGCUCAAGUGCAAGUUUUGUUUUGGUGUUUGUGCACUCAACAUGGUUACAACAUUUCCCCUAAGUAUGCUGUAGAUAUUACUUCUGCUUUGAGGAAUAACUCAUCUUGACAGUUUGUUUGUGGACAGAGGUCGCCUUCAGGCCUCAGCACACGGUUUACAGAUACAUAAAACUCCACAUCUUACACGAGUUUUAGUUUGGAGAUGUCCCCAGCAACCAUCCAUCCAUCCGUCCAUUUUCUGUAAGUGCUUCAACUCAACAGGGUCGCAAGAAGGCUGGAGCCUAUCCCAGCUGACUUAGGGUCAGAGUUGAUGGACACCCUGGACGAGUUGCCCGUUCUUUACGGGGCACAAACAACCAAUCAAACUCACAUUCACACCUACGAGUCAGCAAUUAACUUCACGAGCAGCAUCUCUUCAAUAAAAUGACACUGCUACUCACAGGAGAAGUUACUGUGAACAGCUUCUUUCUAUUUAACCGUCUUCUCUCCUUGCAGAAUAA